AAUCGAUCUUAUAACAUUUUCAAUAGGGUUAGAUAUCGAGAAUCGGUUGAACCAAAACCGAAGAAACGUAAAAUAGAUGAUGAUGAAACGUUAGAAAAUGAAUAUGAAGACACGCUUGGCAACGAUGAUGAUGGAAAGAAAGUUAGAAACUUACUGCCUAUCAAAACCAAAAAAGGGGUAAUUCCUCAACAGACUCUGGAAGAUGUGAUAGAAAAUGACACAAAUGAUGAUGAGCCUGCAGCUGAGCCAGAUGAGGAGACCGAAAGUAGCGAUAUUGAAAAUUUUACCUUAGAAGAUUCUGAAGUUGAUUUAUCCAAACCAGUAUCAGCCGCACAACUGUUAGCAACUAGAAAUGAAAUACUGCGACAGAGGAAAAUUCACAUUGGCACGUUGAGUUCUGGUUUACUAGAAAAUCCUGAAGAAAAAGUUACAAAUUUGAGAACUCUAUUGACCAUUAUGGAUGAAGAAGAUGCAGACGUUUAUUUAACAAUCAGGAAAUUAGUCAUAGUGUCACUAUUGGAAGUUUUCAAAGAUAUUUUGCCUUCCUAUGAAAUUAAGAAGACCACUAGUGAUGGAGUAAAAAUGAAGAAAGACACUCUCAAACUUCACAAGUAUGAAGAAAAUUUACUUCUAUAUUACAAAAAAUUUCUGCAGAAGUUGGAGAAAUACUGUUUCAUGCUGAUGAAGAAGAAAGGUGAUACAAGAAAAAGAUCAGAAGACGAGACGAAACUAGGAGUUUUGGCGGUUCAAGCCAUGUGCGAUUUGUUGGUAACCCAUCCAUAUUUCAAUUUCUCACAAAAUAUAGCCCAAGCUAUUGUUCCCUUCAUGAAUAACGGCAAUAGAAAUGUAAGAGAUAUUGUGAAAACAGCUGUGAAAACCGUUUUCAAAGAAGACAAGAAAGAAGAAAUAACACUGAAGAUCAUGCGUGUUAUUAAUAAUUAUCUGAAAAAUCACUCUCACAUUGUACAUACUGAAAUGCUGGAGGUUUUACUCAACCUUAAUUUGAGAGAAGUCAACUUGGACCAAGAAAAAGAGCAAGAUAUGAAGCAGAAAAAGCUUAUGUCUCACAAGUCCCGACUAUUGCAGAUGUCGAAGAAGGAACGAAAGAGAAAGAAAAAACUCAAAGAAGUUGAGAAGGAAUUAUUAGAAACCAAAGCAGAAGAAAAUAAACAAACUAAACAGAAGAACAUAACAGAAAUUACAAAACUGGUAUUCAAUAUAUAUUUCAGAAUUUUGAAGUUGUCUAGCAACACAAAAAUUCUUGGAGUUUGUCUGGAAGGUUUAGCAAAAUUUGCUCACUGCAUAAACUUGGAAUUCUACGUAGAUAUCGUAAACGUAUUAGACAGUCUCUUAAAAGAAGAUUGGUUAGGUUACAGAGAGAAGUUGCACUGCAUACAAACAGUCUUUGCAAUCCUCAGCGGUCAAGGAGAAGCGCUCAACCUGGACCCCAUAAGAUUCUAUAACAGCCUCUACAAAGACCUACUUUUCACCAGCGCCGCUUCGAGAAAAUCAGAUCACAUACCGAGCUUGCUCAAAACACUGAGCGAUGCCCUUAUCAAAAGAAGAAAGAAGAUUACCAAUAAGAGGACGAUAGGAUUUGUGAAAAGGAUAGCCACUCUCAGCUUGCAGAUGACUCACGACGGCACUCUAGGUUGUCUGGGGCUGAUCAGAACCAUCAUGCAAUUGAACAGACCCAUUGAUAUUUUACUUGAUUUAGAUAAUUCGGUGGGAGAAGGAAAGUUUCAGGCAGAAAUCGACGACCCGGAAUACUCGAAUGCCGCUAGCACUGCUCUCUAUGAAAUGAUUUUGCUGAAUAAGCAUUAUCAUCCCAUUGUGACCAAGUUUGCUAGGAAUAUAGCCAGUGGCGUACCGGCAACAGGCGAAGGAAGUCUACCAGGAGAAUAUGGUAAAAGUUCUGCCGAGCAGCUAUUCACAGACUUCAAUAUGUCCGAGAUGUCUUUCAACCCACCUGUACCAAUUCCAACAAAAGAAAAACCCAAGACAAAUCCAAAAAGGCAUAAUUUUGCUGACAGUUCAUUUGAAAGAGAAUGUAAAGAUGUUUUUAGGAGACAACCUGUUGCUGCUCAAUUUUGGAUUAGUAUUUGAAAAAAAUGUUGAAAAUUGUGUUAUUAUUGGAUAUAUGUUGAAUAAAAAUAUUUUUCACUUACC